AUGCAAAAUCCGAAACCACAGGUCACAGUCUCGUUCUCGGUUCCCAAUCAUCCACUCCGCUCCCUACCCACCAACAUACACAAUGGCGCUCGGUUUCCAAAACGCACCAUAGCUGCAUCGCCAUUGAGCAAGGAGAUUCCACAGCUCUCUCCAGAGUCUCAACGCCCGAGUUUGCGUGCGAGGAAUUCGGUGACCUCUCGAGCAAGCAGUGUGCCCUCCACCCCACUCGACGACAUUCCGAGGCCUCUUUGGGAGCGAACUUUCAUUCGCACGGCGACCACUCCAGAGGCAACGAGUCCAGAGCUCUCGAUUGAAGAGAUCACCUCGACAAAGCUUUCACUCGACGACGAGGAAUUUCUAACCAGCUUGCCAGACAGUGAAAACUACAAGCAGGCGAAACUUGGAAUAUCUUGUGCGAGAAAAUGCACCGUGGACAUUGGGGAAGACCGUCCAGGCAGGUGGAAGAAGAUGAGAAGGACAUUGAGAAAGAUACCCAACGAUCUCUUCGCCUGGAAGAGUCGACCCUCCACACCCGUCAAAAGGGAGCUUUGCGUCGACCAUCCUGCUACCACCGAAUCUUUGUUGCCGGAACCAGAACUCCUGACCGAAUCCUGUGUGCCACCGCCAGCAAAGUCGACGGAUGUGCAAGAGCCUGACAAGGAGAUUGUCGAACCUCUGGUGUUAGACUAUGACGGAAUGCCAAAAGGGUCAGUUUCUCGAUCUGAAGAGUUAUCCCAAGUCUCGAGAAGAAUUCGCGAAGAGCUGAAGGAUAGCAGUAGAAUGCAGACGUCUUCGAAGUCAACGGACCCGCCACCACAUUUCAGAGGUCCGUUCCUCAACCAAAGAACCCACAAAUUGUCUUCGAAGGCACGCGUUGCUGCGACUCACCUCUAUGGUCAACGCGGGUUGCCUCCCGACUUUCCCCCUCGUCGUCGUCGACUGACAGAUAAACCGACAACUUCGGCCCGUGGUGAGGGAGCCCAUCGCUAUUCUGUCAGCAUUCAUAGGCCGAGGAGGCCAAGUUUGUCGAAUGCUACAAUUGGCCAGAACUCAGCAGCAUCCAUCGGUCGAACUUCCCGACCAAGUUCGAGGCCAGGUACAAAUGCGGAAUCCAACAAAUCGAUAAGCGGCAGAACAGCAGUACCGAGACCAAUGGUGUAUAUGGAUGGAGCGAUCUCUUCCUCUACCAUACUUUGGGACCAUGGUUUCGUUAGACAGCGACCCUCAACCUCAUCCACAACCCGCCCAGCACCAAAUUCAGCUUCUCGUCCGACCACUCGUGCCGGAGCUGAACCCUGCGCUGUACGUUCACCCGCACCUGAAAUCGAAAUGGGAGGACGAGAUAUUCCCGAGUGGGCAAAGGUUCCAACUUUUGUUCCAAGAACGGUUAGAGCUCCUCGUAGAACGGCAAACCAAGUCGGUUUAUCAGGCGAUACGGCUCCACUGAAGCCAGCCCGGGAGGAGAGCGACAUGGAUGGGUUCCAGCCUGAACUCAAUCUUUCCGACACUGCAAUUUCGGACGUGUCAUUUGCGUCUUUGCAUGUGCAGACUUCCAAUCAGUCGUCGCUCGAGAGACAAGCUGUGUUGCGAAACAAGGAGAACGAGUUCGAGGUCCCGCAGCGAACGUCUGCUAAGAGUCGAGAGAGGAUAUCCCAGCUACUCGCCACUACUUGGAAAGAAGGUAAUAACAAAAUACGGCGCAUGGCGUUACAAGGGCCCGCUGUCUAG